AUGGCCGACCAACCGAAGGGUCUAAAGUCGCGCCGACUUCGCAGCACAGCACCUCUAGCCAUUGUUGAUAUGGACGUGCUCAAAGCUGGCGACACUGAAGAUGCAGCGGCACAUAUUCUUCGGUCUGGACUUCAUAUGAGCGAUGUUCUUGGAGCCGGCGAAUACGAAGAGUGCAUCUGGGUUGGAGGGGCUCAGCCAACUGAGAAUCUUCCGUUCGACGAUGAAGGAAUACCACACGAGGAAGAUGACCGAGAGUCUACCAGCCAACGCGGUUCACCGAUGCUAUAUACCGACAUCGAAGACACAUCGGUUUUGGUUCCGAUGCGCCAGAAUAAGUCAAUCAAGACAUCCAGCUUUGAGAAGGCUCUUGUGACCUUUGCCGAUUUGACUGGGCUAAGCCGUCAAGAUUGGGCAUCCCUUCGGGAGGUGCUUUUCCUGAUCCGCGGCAAAGACGACAGUGUCCCUUCAAUGAUACAAAGCCUCCCGAAACAGCUCUCAACACUUCGAGACCGUAUUCGCCGUCGGAUGCCGAUGAUGAAUAUGAGCGAGGCAGACAUCCCUCUGAAUAUCCUGAAGUUACCGACAAUGCCAGCUAGUUUGAAGCCUGAGGAACGUCACAAGGUUGAGAUAGCACGGGCUCAAGCAGAAAGCAGAAGUGCAGCACUCACCGCUACUAGAGCAGCGACCAGAAUCUCUCGCGAUAAAGGCAGGCACAGCACCGAGGCACGAGACGCGGCAGUAGCAGCAGAGAAGGCUAAGAAAAACUGCGUCCGGAAUUGCCACGGCAUUGAGGACGACUCUGACGACAUUGUCAACCUACAUAUCGGCCGGGUCUAUGGCGUUGGGCUCGAUCACCGCGAAGAUCCAUGCACACAAAUUCGAAACCAAAUGUGCCUACAGCUUCAGGAGGCAUACCGGCUUGGCGAUCACCGACUUGCAAACAUCGAACUCACGCCGCCACAGACCGACCGCUGGAAGCCGCCCCGGCGCACGGAACGGCCACCUCCGGAGCCUCUACCCAAAUAUGUCUGGCCAGUAUUCAGGAGGGAACGUAGGGAGACUGAGUGGUACGAGUGUCGGCGCAUCCUGGUCAAGAAGGAAGCUCUCCCGCUCUGUCGGACGCACCCAACCCGUGGAGAGCUCGAACUCCAGCAUUUUGGUCGACAUGUAUUCGAGAAUGAGUGGGAUCAGGCUAAGAACGGCAUGGCAGUGGUCUCCCUUCCACACCUGGACUUCAUUGACGGUUUUGGUGUAUUCCAAAAUUCGUACCGGACUUUGAUGGGGUUCUACUUCACACCAGCAGGGCUUUGUGAAGAGGAGCGUUUUAGUCCGGGCAGCAUUUUCCCAAUCGUAUUCGGGCCUCAUGCAUCGGACUUUGGCGAGGUUAUUAAAGCGCUGAAGAUGAUGGCUCAUCUCGACGCCGGUAUCGUUAUGAAUAUUCGCGACAAAAUCGUCCGUGUUUGCGCAUUUGCGAUGUGUUACAUUGGCGAUAUGCCUCAACAAGCCGAGAACGCCGGGUUCAAAGGCCCACGAGCACACAAGUUCUGCAGAUGCUGUUUCGCGGCCGAUGUCAUGCUCAAGUUCGAUCAUAUCACUCACGGCGGGUUUCACACUCAGACCCUGAAGAUGCAGCAGAUGCUGCACCGCUCAUUGCAAACUGCGUCGGAACGGAAACGAUAUUAUCUGCCGGCACUUCCCCGCCUGUCACCGGCCCUUGAUCUGGUCAUGUCACGGCCCAUCGACGCAGCACACUCUGAGUACAACGGUUUUGGCAACUUGACGCACUUUCUCCUUCGGGAUGGCAUUCUUACAAAGUCAGCGCGCUCGGAAUAUGCUAUACAGCUCCGGACUUGGCCUUUCCCACCGGGUUGGCCACGUUUACAGUCACCGGUUCACCAUUUAUCAAGCUACAAGAUGUCUCACCACGCGCGAUGGAUCGUCAUUAUCCCAGCCUUGCCCCUAAACUGGUUAAAGAGGGAGCACAUUCGGCCAAGGUUCUGGGACCAAGCUAAGAACCACGAGAAAGAUCCGAUUGAGUUGAUCAUCGAGACUACUGCUGCGAUUGCAAAGAGCACUACCGUUCUGAUGGGGACUCGUGUGUCGUGUCGGGACCGUUACCUCAUGGGCAACAUCAUUUACCGGGCUCGCUACCUUUUCAACCAGCUCUGUUUACUUGCAGCUGUGACCUCAACCGGGUCGUCUGGUGCGUCACACGCAGGGACGCCGGGAGUCCAAGUUAUCGAUGAGCGAAAACUUACACCGACCUUCACCGGCAAACCCCAGACCCUUGGACUCAGCGACAUUCGUGUGGAUCUGUGUCUGGCUCUUGUCGCGAAGUGA